AUGAGCAGUCAUCUGUCACCCACCAACGUUGCGACUUUUUAUCACAACCAAUGCGACCUUUAUCUUCACAAAUCCUAUCACCGACCUCCCAGCUCUUCGCCUCGAGCGCAGGCAGUCUCCCCGCUCGCGGCCGCGCACUAUAAACGCGGAUUACAAUGGGAGGCGUACCUCUUCCGAGAGCUCCAGCGGCGCAAGCAGUUUAUUCCACUCCGAAAGACCCAUCUCUACAAGCCCAAAGAGAUUCGGGAUGCGUUGCUUGACGCUGCUGCACAACUUCGCCCUCGUACGAGCGAUGAAGAGGAGGAAGACGUGCGAUAUAUUGCCUAUCUCUCGUUUCAGUCCCCCGAUUUUGCGAGAGAACUCGCGCAGCACGGCUCUCCACCUCGGAGUGUGGCGUUUGGAGUUGCCAAACCAGACCUCGUCAAAGUCUCACUUGGAGACCAGAAAGAUACUAUAGUGUGGGAAAUCAUCGACGCAAAGUCCUCUACGGCCGUCAAGUCGAGCCACAAUGCGCAGACUGGGUUCUACCACCUCUGUCUCCGGUCGAUGUUUGAAGAUUUGCCCCAUUUAAGUGGUAAGAAGCUUGUUCCUUCUGACAAGGUGUCUAUAUGGCUGCCCAGCCGGGAGACCGAUGAAGCAGGUAUAGAAGACAGAGUAUCACUCCCCUCUUCCAUGCCAACGUCCCUUUUACUUCAACCACUUAGUACCUUUCUCUUCAAAAAGCUCCCUAUCAUUCUCUCGAAACCCCGCGACCAAGUGGAAUGGUACCUCAACCCGUCUUGCCAGGGUUGCGAGUUUCUCGAUGCCUGUCGAGAUAAGACAAGACAAGAAAAACGGCUUGGUAUGAUUCCGAACCUGUCUGGGUCGGAUGCUCGCCUACUGCGCGAGGUUAUGGAUAUUGUGCAGAGACAGAAUCCAGACUGGAACGCAGUGACAGACAUUGAGGCUCUGGAUUCACUGAUCAAGUCGCCUGAUAUGAUGAGGAAGCUGGAAGUGGCAUAUGCGCCCACUACGAAAAAAUUCAAGCGGAUUGCGGGCGUUCACAGAUUCUCCGGCCGGGGACCUGAGCUUUUCAGCCCGCUCAUUGACGCAGCAUUGACACAAAAGCCCCAGCUGACUCGACGACGUGUGUUUUCCUUUCCCCGAAACGAGGACGUCGCUAUAUUCAUUUCGGUCAUCAUCGAUAUCUCGAAAGAUCCAAACGCAAGUGAUGGAAAUAUAGGGGCAUUCUGCGUGUCCGUGGUUCGUCUUUCUACGGCCGAUCACGGUACUGGUCGCAGAAAGUCAGCAGGGGCACCAAUGGUAAUGGCCCAUGUCACAGGCCACCCAAAAGAAUUCAUUCGCUUGGUUGCAUCUCUUCUGGUUGACAUAGGAAAGACGCCUGGCGCAAGGACCCAGGUGUACACCUACUCUCUGGCUGAGAGGAAUGCAAUCGUCAACCAUCUUAUUCAUGCGGCACUCUCUUCGCCUCCUUAUAUACCUGGAGAGAGCCUGGCUACAGAAGGGACGAGCCAAGGGAGUUUCGAAGAGAGUCCAGGAGAUAUAAGACUCGUUCUUGGCGCGCUCUGUGAUGGCGCUGCACUUCUUGUGACUGCGUAUCAACCACAGCUCCUGUCGGGCGUUUUGCUUUCAUUUUUGUCCAAGAAGAAUACAUUAUCAAAAGCCCAUCUGGAAACAUGCUGUCGACGACUCGGGUUGAGCGGUGAAGGCACCACUGAGGUUCUUCGCAAGCGGCUCGAACAGGAACAGUGGCGCCUGGCAGAAAUUGGUGGAAGGGGAAUAGGCGCAGGCGUGGCGAGACGAGAGGUUGGACAGCUGAGCAAGAUUGUGGUACUCAAGAAAGAAGUAGAGCGACUGAUUGCUCUCCCUGUGGAAGGAUUUAUUGAUUUACCUAGCACUGCGCAGGUACUGCUCGACCCAUCUGACAGAAGGAAGAGCUCGAUUGGACAAUGCGAGCCUGACGAUGUCAUCUUUGGCGCAUGGAUGGCCAGGGGCAAGAAACGCUUUCCUGGAAUCUCUGGAGACGAAAAGCCUGUUAUCAAAUGGGAAGAUGCGCUCAAGACGCGGAACCGGGUAAUGCGAGCUGUGCUAGACAAUGUGCGCAAGCGAAUAUCGGAUGCGGGGUUGAGUGAGCAGAUCCUCCUCAACGAAGCAAAGCCUAUUGAGUCUGGGAUGCUCGAUCUCUGCGAAUCGGAUAAGCUACGAAGGCUCAUGUACAUGACCCAGUUCGAGGUGGUCCUUCGCCUUCAAGAAAUAUGGCAAGAACGUUUGGAUGGAUGUCCCAAUGCCCCUAUACUCCGCUACGUGCGUGCAGAAAAACGAGGCACGUCAUGGCUCCAAAUCUUUGAUGUCGUCUCUGGAGUGCUUGAGGCUCCGGUGGAGGAACGACCUUUUUACGAUUGGUUGCUCGUCCCUGACGAUGCUGGUGAUGGUGUUCCACCCGAAGUUCACUUUGACGACCUUAGCCUGUGUAGCGUCGUAGUACGUCCCAAUAAAUUCGUUCGGUCACGAUGGGACGAACAGCAACCAGUCGUCAAGCAAAGCAUCACCAUAUCAAAUAUAGUGGAUGUCCGAAUGGAAAAGACGCCGACAGAAGAUGGACGCUCGCACAAAUUGUGCUCACAAGCAGUACUUGAAACAUACUAUACGGGCAAUCAUCUUACUAAAGGAGCACUCUAUCGUAUCUCACCUCGCCUCGUCAAUUUUAAUUUCGAGAAAAUCUUGCUCAAUCUGAUCACGAUGGAUUUUCAGCACACUGUGGCAAAUAAUCCCGUCCCAUUCAUUGACCUCAUCGACAAUCCUGAGGCGUUUGCACAAUCACCCACCUUCUGUGGGGAGCUGGAGGAGCGCAAAGAGAAGGAAAUUGUAAGAGGAUUGAACGAACUGGCUAAACUCGGAGUCGAACACGCCUCCUCCCUCAUUCUCAAAGCUUCUCAGCACCGAGCGGCGAAGAGGAUGAUGAUGAAGCGUCUAAGUGUCGUUUGGGGGCCUCCAGGCGAGUGUCUGCAUGGUCGCACUGGCAAGACAUAUACCCUUGCCCUAUCCACUUUGAGAAUACUUGAAGUUCUUGGACGGCGAGCUCCUGAUCAAUGUCCCGUCAUUCUCGUCACCGCAAUGACGCAUGCAGCUAUCGAAGCUAUCGUUGGUAAAAUUGAAAGCUUAAUCGGAAAGUAUCUUGCCAUCAAAGACCGCGACUCUUUAUGGCUUAACUCGGUGGAUCUUCAGCGUGUUCGACAAGGUAAAACGCACCCACAUCCAGUCCUCGACAACAACAAGGUGUACAUAUUCGCUGGAACAACAUACCAGUUAUAUCGCUUCUGCGAGAAAGCCAAACUCCGAGCAAAUGUGGUUAUCAUUGACGAGGCAGGUCAGCUCCCUUUGGAGACCGCCGCUUUGGUGAUUCGAUGGCUUUCUUCCACAGGGAAGCUUAUUCUCGCAGGGGAUCAUGAACAGCUUGCUCCAAUCUUCAUCGGCACGUAUCCUGAACCUGAGGAUCUUCCUUUGUUUGGAUCUGUGUUGGACCUGUUGAUGGGUGGACGCAAGCGUACGGGAUUAGCUAUUGCAGCUACAGAAGAUGAGAGCCAACACUUGUAUGACGCCCCGGUUGUGCAAUUGCUGGAGAACUUCCGCCUCAACGAGGACCUCGGAACGUUUGUCCAGAUUAUAUAUGCCAAGAAGUUUAUUCCUCAGAAAUCCCAAGACGACCUCGGAGACUUACGACUCUGGCUCGAGUCGAACAAGUCGACCAAUCGAAUCAUGGAGGAUGCUCGCCUCUUUCUAUUGGGACUGACAGAAGCAAUGUCAAAUAAGAAGAGUCAUAGUUUCAAACUAAUGCGACCACAACUACCCACGAGCUCAGGGCUUGAAAAACAAGCCCAGAGUCAAGCAGUGUCGCUCGCGCUCAUUCGCGUUCGCGUGACAAAGGGCUCCUUGUCACCCUAUGAGGAGCAUGUAUCAGCCGAAGCCAAACUGGUCGCCGCUCUCGUUCACUGGCUCAGAGAGGCUUUCCCCGAGGAUAGCAUCUUCGUAGCUUGCCCACAUCGCAUCCAGCGCAGUGCAGCGCGGCAAGCCAUUCUAUCUCCUCAAGAAAUUGAAACAGCAGAGCGCGUAGCAGGUGAUGAAAAUGUCGACAAUCUUGCCGCCGAACUUGCAGCCUUCCACCUCUCAGAGAAUGGUCUCCGCAUCGAUACAGUCGAACGGUUGCAAGGCUCCGAGGCAUCAUUCGUCAUCUUCCCGCUUUCCCACACCCAUCAGCCAUCCCUGAGUAGCCAUCUGGGGUUCUUGCUUUCACGUCGGAGGCUCAACGUUGGCAUUAGUCGAGCCAAGAACCUCUGUAUCGUGAUCAGCUCUAACCAGGUGCUUCAACCCUCGUUGGAAGUUCUCACCUCGGAGGAGACGCGGAAAGGCUUGGAGUUUUUGCGAGCCUACGAGGCGCGGAGCUGGAGUGGCGAUAUCAGUUUGGAAAUAUAA